AUGGGUAUCAUGAAUGCCUCGAGUGUGACGAUGAUUAAAUGGAUUCCAGGCUUUGAAGACACCUUUAUGGCUUCCUUUGAAGACGGAUCUAUUUUGAUAUUAGAAAAGGACCGAGAUGAUCAAAGUUUUCAUUUUCAGAUCACGAAGCCAAAUAAAUUUAAUAACAAAUAUAAUCCAAUAGCCCAUUGGCGUGUAAGCAGGAAAGGGAUUGUAGCACUUGCGUGUUUUUUUUUUCUUAAUAGCUUUUUCAUUUUCACCAGAAAUCAGCAUUUAGCUAUAGUUGGGAAAGAUGGAUUAUUAAGAGUUAUUGACUAUAUAAAUGAAUGGCUAUGUGAUGUGUUUGUAGGGUAUUUUGGUGGAUUGUUAUGUGUAACUUGGAGCCCCGAUGGACAUUAUAUCUUGACAGGUGGUCAAGAUGAUUUAGUGACAAUUUGGUCAUUUAAAGAGAAAAGAAUUGUAGCUAGAUGCCAAGGUCAUAAAUCAUGGGUGACAGAUGUAGCAUUUGACCCUUUAUAUUGUGAUGAUACUGAGUAUAGGUUUGCAAGUGUAGGUGAAGAUUGUAAACUUUUAUUAUGGAACUUUUCAGUCAAUGCUCUUCAUAAACCCAAACAGGAAAAGGCCAUCUCUUUUGGAAGUAGUAGUAGUAGUAUUAGUAGUAAUAGUAAUAAUAAUGGAAGCAGUAAUAAUACUAGUAAUGAAGUUAUUGCUCCAUUUACACCCUUAACGACACAACAUACUAGAUUGCCUACUAUUCAUCCGCUAUUGUUUAAAACGCAGGUACCGUCUUUACAGCCAAUAGUGAAGCAAACUAUUCAUCCUGAUCCAUGUGUUGAUGUUAUAUUUACUGAGGAUGAAAUUUUAACUACGGAUCGACGAGGAAGGAUUCGUUCAUGGAGUCGACCUUGAAAAAAAAAUGUCUUUGUAAACUACUGUAAAUAUAUUUCAGGAACAAAUUAACAUGUUCCUUUUUUUCAAAAAAAAAAAAAAAAAAAAAAAAAAAAAAAAA